UGGAAGGAAUCAAGCACUGGAUGUACGAAGACAUCAUGGCCGACCAUCUGGCGCUGGCUCCUUAUAUGGAGCUUUUUCUUAAUCUGAGCCAGAGUGCUUCCACGGACCCCCAUCUCGUUGCACGUGGUUUCUCCCCAUACAAUGCCGAGCACGUGGCCUUCUUCUUUUAUGCAGAGUCAUCUUGCGAGCCAUACACGAACCACGCCGGAAAGCCAAGGAGCGGGGCCCUUCCCUCGCAAACCAGGGUAAACGGAGCGCUUUCUCAGUACGCACCGUUCGCCAUCAGCUUCUUCUGUCCGUACGGUUCGGCUAUGGCCAAAGAACCGUGCGAGCUGUACCGCCGGAACACAAGGGCUGCCAACCUGUGAUUCAAG